CGGAGUCACUCAAGUACUUAAGCUACAGUUAAAGAGCUCUUUCUUUGAAAGGCUAACUCAGCCCCAAAGACUUUUCGCCCCUUACUAUCAAACCGCCAGUGCUCUGUUUCUACUGAGAUUGACUAUACAUUCUAUACAUUGAAAACAAACAUCAGAUAUUUCAAGCAUGGCGUAGUCCAUAGAGCUCUGACAUAAGAAACAUGUAUUUCUUUACCAAAAGAAUUUAAGAUCCUUCACGUAACUGAUUUGAUGAACAGUUUAGAAUGGAAUGCUAAACUACCCUGCAUUGGUCGGUCUGGUUGAGUCAAGGUGGAAGAUUUUGAAGUUCUUAAAGAACCAGGACAUUGUUAACAAUAUCAUACCAUAGCUUUUAUUUACCGACAAGGUAACAGUGGAGAAUCAAGAAAGAUAUCAUGAAGGUCUCAAAUGUUUUGCUUUUUUGUUGUGUGUUGAUUUCAUCUCUACAAUGCUGUUCGUCAAGGCCCCAUGACAAAGACUCAAUUAAUUCAGGAAAUCCUGCAGAAUCUGGAGCUUCUGAAGAAUCUGGUAAAGGCCAAGAAAAAAGGCGAAGAAGCUUGUUUGAUUCUGAGGAGACAGGGACACAAGCCGAAUCAGGGGAAUCUGCUGAAUCCGGGGAAUCCGGCGAGUCCGGGGAAUCUGCUGAAUCCGGGGAGUCGGCUGAAUCCGGAGAAUCCGGCGAGUCCGGGGAGUCCGCUGAAUCUGGGGAAUCUGGCGAAUCUGGCGAAUCUGGCGAAUCUGGGGAAUCUGGCGAGUCCGGGGAAUCUGCUGAAUCCGGGGAGUCGGCUGAAUCCGGAGAAUCCGGCGAGUCAGGGGAAUCCGCUGAAUCUGGGGAAUCUGGGGAAUCUGGGGAAUCUGGCGAGUCCGAGGAAUCUGCUGAAUCUGGAGAAUCCUUAGAAUCUGGUGAAUCUGGAGAGUUCACUUAUGAAUAAAAUCAAAGUUAUUUUUGAAACUCCCUUCAUCUCAACCUACAAUAAUGCUUCCAUUUACACUAAGCGCACAAUAUUUCUAUCAUUUUAUAACAGGGUAUCGAAAAUUAUUAAUUUUUUUCUGCAAGUUUUUUACACAGGGCUCGCGUUCAGCUCUCUAGCUAGACCAUCAUGUUUUAUCUCUGAGGUUAUUGAUUAUGGUCUAUUUUGUAAAUUCAAGUUACAAAUUCGAAGAAGUUUUACAACGCAUGCUCACUCUGAAAUAGCAGGUGCAGAAUUUUCCCAGAUAAGCCUGGUCAACAAUAAAAAUAAACUAACUUUGUUGCAA